CUGGAAAGUCCAGUCAAAAGUCCAGUUACAGGAGUAAUCGAAAUCAGCCUCCCCACCAGGAGGGCGGGAAAAGCAGCUGCUGUUGCCUGGAGGAGCUGCAGCUCAGUUGGAGAGAGAGAGAGAAUUCACUACCCUGCUCUGGCACAUAGAGAUUUCCAGAUGGCCAAUGAAGCGAGACCAUGCCCAUGUGACAUUGGAGACAGGUUUGAGUAUGGGGGCCUUGGGCAUGAAGUGCAAGUGGAGCACAUCAAGGCGUACGUUUGCAAACCGUCCGCCAGCACAGAAAAAGCUGUGGUUGUGAUUCAAGAUAUAUUUGGAUGGCAACUCCCAAAUACCAGAUACAUGGUCGAUAUGCUUGCAGCUAAUGGAUACAUAGCCAUCUGCCCCGACUUUUUUGUGGGAAAAGAACCUUGGAAUCCUUCUGAUGACUGGUCCACCUUUGGUGAAUGGCUGAAAACACGAGAUGCCAGAAAAAUAGAUCAGGAAGCUGAUGUUGUCUUGAGGUAUCUAAAGCAGCAAUGCAGUGCAAAGAAGAUUGGUGUUGUCGGAUUUUGCUGGGGUGGAAUUGUCGUACAUCACCUGAUGAUGAAAUAUCCUGAGUUAAAGGCAGGUGUGUCUGUCUAUGGAAUAAUCAGGGACUCUGAUGACAGAUACAAUUUACUGAAGCCCACAUUUUUCAUUUUUGGUGAAAAAGAUGAUUUCAUUCCUCUUGACCAAGUCACCUUACUGGAGCAGAAGCUGAAACAACACUGUAAAGUUGAUUACAGAGUUAAAACUUACCCUGGGCAAACUCAUGGUUUUGUACAUCGCAGGAGAGAAGAUAUUAAUCCUCAAGAUAAACCUUACAUUGAGGAAGCAAGAAAGGAUAUGAUCAGCUGGCUAAAUAAAUAUAUUUAACAGAAGCAUACAGCCAGACUGACAAAACAAUAUCACUUUAGUAUACUGUGAUGAUCAUCUAAGUAAAUUAUAUUUUUAUGGGGAAAGCAUUUUCUAGAAUUAUUUUAGGGAUAAAUAUUUGAUAAAUUAUAUUUUAGGGAAAACACACAGGUCAUAUUAAUAGAAAUUUGACAAAGAACAUUGCAGAGACUUUUUGACACUAAAAUGAAUUGUACUUUUAUUUUGUAGUUAUUAACACAUGAUUUCAAGUUGAAUUCUUUUAAAUGAUUCUCAGAUUCAGUUUAGCUUAAUAUUGUUUUAAUGUGCUGGGAAAAGUUCUCCGAGUUCCUUGAGGUUUAUCCUCUUCACAUUUUUUUUUAAUUACAAUGAACUAUGCAUUGUAGCUCCAGUUCAGCAAAGUAUUUAUUUAAGCAUGUGCUUAAAUCACCAAUUCUUAAUUUAAGCACAUGCUUAGAUUCUUUGCUGAAUCCAAACCUGAGAGAUUAGACUUGUUUGACCUGUACUCUCAUGGCCAAUUUGGAUUUCAUAGAUGUCAUCAGUGGAGUAACUUUCCCCCAAAAUUUGGGGGGUGGACAGGGCAAUAACAAGGAAUUGCUUUCUCAGAUGAAC